AUACACCCAUCCCUCAUGCUCAUGCUCCGAGUUUCUCUCCUCUGCCCUCCACAGUUGCAACCCUCUGCUCCUCUCAGGUGAAACAUGGCGCUGGUGUCUGAAUUUCUGGGUCAGCUGACUUUGGCCUAUGGAGAGGAAAAGGACCCUAAAUUCCCCACUGUGGUGCCAGCCCGAGACUUUGACCCAGUCCGAGAUGCUACCAGGAUCGAUGCUGCUAUUAAAACUAAAGGUGUGGAUGAGCAGACCCUCAUUGAUAUCCUGACACGCCGCAGCUGGGAGCAACGCAAAGAGAUCAGCUUUGAGUAUGAACGCAUUUCCAAGAAGGAUAUGGCAGCUGCCCUGAAAGGAGCGCUCUCCGGGUCUCUUGAGGCUGUGAUGCUGGGUCUGCUUAAGAGCCCUGCAGAAUAUGACGCUGCUGAGCUCAGAGCAUCUAUGAAGGGCCUGGGCACAGAUGAGGAGACACUCAUCGAGAUCGUCUGCUCCAGAAGCACCGAGGAGAUGGUCACCAUCAAGAGGAUCUACAGAGAGAUGUUUAAGAAGGAGCUGGACAAAGACGUGGCUGGAGACACUUCAGGAAACUUUGCCAAACUGCUCCUGGCCCUGGUUCAGACCAAGAGAGACGAGCCGACCAAUGUGGUGGACUAUGAGAAGAUCGACGAGGACGCACGGGCUCUGUAUGAGGCGGGGGUGAAGAGGAAGGGCACAGACGUGGGCAUAUGGAUCACCAUCAUGUCCCAGAGGAGUGUACCCCACCUGCAAAAAGUGUUUGAAAGGUACAAGAGCUACAGCCCAUAUGACAUGAAGGAGAGCAUCAGGAAGGAGGUCAAGGGCGACCUGGAGAAGUCCUUCCUCACUCUAGUGGAGUGUUUCGAGAACAGGCAGCUGUACUUUGCCAACAGACUCAACGAUGCCAUGAAGAGCAAGGCGGCCAAGGAGAAGGUGGUGACCCGGAUCCUGGUGUCCCGCUGUGAGGUGGACCUGAUGAAAAUCCGCACAGAGUUUAAGAGGCAGCACCGAAAGUCCCUGUACCAGACCAUCACCGAGCACACUAAAGGGGACUACCAGAAGGCCCUGCUGAGUCUGUGCGGAGGAGACGACUAAGACUACAUUACCCACCAGCCCCCUCUUCAUUUACAGUAUUACACCCAGAUGCCUUUGUUCUUAAUCUGAUGUCAAUGCAAUAAAAGUCUGAAAGUAUCA